AUGAAGAACUCCGAGGAAUGGAAGCGAUACAAAAGACCACCUUCUGAACAAGAAUACUCUGAGGAUGUCAGUCAGCUCCGCCAUGGUCUAAAUGUAGAGCCUAGCAGGGAGGAGCUCAAUCAUUUGCCAAAGGCAUGCUGUCCGCUAUGGGAGCUUGACCUGAACCGUCUCCUUCCUGGUAACGACUACACAAUCGAAUGUGGCCAAGGGAAGAAGGUUUAUCAGAAGGGUGACAUGGCAUCUGAAAACUUGUUCAGCUGGCUGAAGGAUGACGUACUGCGGAGGCCUACAUACUGUCGCUUUUGUGCACUUGUGGACAACUACAACCCACGCCAAGGAUACAAGGAAUUAGUCACUCAGCAGGACAAGAAUGAAGAAGCUGCUUUUAUUGAGGAGAUUGCUAGAAGUGCACCAAUCAAAUACUUACACCGGUAUCUGGUGCUGAAGGGAAUCACGUCUCAGGACCAGAAGGACUUCAAGAAAAUGCUGGCAUCCCUGUGGUUUAAUUUGUAUGGAAGGGGUGAUGCUCUGGUAGCUCUUCUGCCUUUGAGCAUGUCUUUGUAG